UGUGAAUAGAGCAAUUACGCAUGCGCAUUUGAAAUUGACUUCAGAAGCUGAAUAACCAAAACAAGAAAUUACGUUUCUUUUUGCUUUUUGCUAUGUAAUUAUGUCUUUACAUUACACUUAUAGUUUUUCCAAACAAUGAAAAAGACAGCUUUUACGGAUCUACAGUUGUCAUUCCAUGGAGAACGCGAUAUUGAUGAAAAUUUGAGUUUCAGUGGUGAAACUGAAGUGAAUAUUCGUGACAGAAUGCCAAACAUGACUGGUAAUAAUGAGUCACUGUCAAUUUCCUCUGUCAGCCACAGUGACGAAAACUCGUUACAGCAAAAUGUUAACAAUAAGAAGAAAGAAAAAAUAGGGCUAUUUAGAAAACUGAGACGCAGACUUAAAUCAAAUUUUAAUAGGAAAUCUGUUGAUGAUAAAUGUGUUGAGGCAGAUCCCAAUCUGAUGUGUGCAAAGUCAAAGUCACCAAGUAAAAAGCAGAAACAGGCAGCAAAAUGUCGAAUUACUUUGUGUUCAAAGCCAUCUAAUUCAAAUUCAUCUCAAAGUACAGAAAGUUUAGAUCUGAACCUUCAUUUACAUCGAAAACUUGAUGAUAGUAUUUGGUCUAACAAAGACAAGAGAGAUGGUGCUACUUCAAAAGAAAAGCCUAGUUGCAAAUCGAAAGAUAUAUCAGCUUUUCAGUCUUCACAAACUUGUUCAUGUGUAUUAAAUCGUGCUCAGCAAAGUAAAGAUUUUGGCAAAAUUAGUAAUAUGUCACCAAAAGUGACAACAAAUUGCUUUGAAAUAACUGCCAUGUGCCAUUCUAAUGGAAUUAACAGCAUUUCAACUAAUGCACAUAAUAAUCAAGAAUAUAAAAGAUCAAUACCAGAAGGUGCCAUUAUGAAUGAAGCUCCAAAAACAUGGAGCUUAACCCAUGAAUUGUUUAGACUUUCCAAGUUUGGCUGGUACUGGGGGCCAAUUACUCGAAGAGAAGCGGAACGAAAGCUAAAUGGUCAACCUGAUGGUGCUUUUUUAGUGCGUGAUAGCUCAGAUGAACGCUACUUACUAAGUCUCAGCUUUAGAUCUUACGGAAAGACGCUACAUACUAGAAUUGAACAUUGUAAUGGUAAAUUUAUCUUUGACGCUCAACCAGAUACAGAGGGCUAUCCAUCGAUAGUUGAUCUGAUAGAAAAUUCAAUGAAUGAUCCACAAACUGGAAUAUGUAGUUAUUCAAGAAGAGGUUCACCUAGCCCACCAAUAUAUCCAGUCAGACUUACUAAACCUGUAUCCAGGUUCACUCAAGUACGAUCUUUGCAAUAUAUGUGUCGGUUUGUUAUCAGACAAUAUACUAGGUAUGACCAUAUUCAACAGCUUCCAUUACCAAAGAAACUUAAAGGCUGGAUAGGAGAAAACCAGUACUAAUUUAUAGUUUUCUAUGUGUGCUAUGAUUAUAUUUGUUGAAUAUCUUUUACAUUUAUUCUUACAAAUGUAUUGAUAUAUGUUUAUUAUGUGUGAAAGGUGUGUGAAAUCAUUGGGCUUUUACUUUUACUUUUAGGUUGUUACAAAUUUUUACAUAUAUAUAUAUAUUAUACAAUAUAAAUACAAGAGGUAGAUAUUAUUACUAGAUUUGUUCCAUAUUUGACAAGAUUACAAUGAAGAGCAAAAGACAUAUUAGUAGAGAAACUUGACAUUGACAACUGCUGACAAAUGCAUUUUGCUUUUAUUUUUCUCAUAUCUGUUGGAAAUAUGUUUUGAUAUGUUAGGCAGCUUAGUUGUAAGUUAUAAGGUGGUUACUGGAAUCAUCUUUCCAUUUUGCCAUCAGGUUUUGUUUUUUGGAUACAAAACUCUAUUUAUUGUAGGUUUCAACAAAAAUCUUUGCAGAUGAAUAGAUCUCAUUGUAAAGUGCAGUGCCCAAGAAACAAAAGCAUAAUUUUGGAGUUACUGCCUUUUGUAAUGUUUAUACAUGAUUAUUGUCUUAAGCAUAUCUUUAAGUUAAAAGUAUGUAUAUUAAUCACAACAGUAGCAGGUCUAAUUUUAAUUUUGAUAAUUAUUAAAGUCAACUGAAACUGUUAUCUAACUUUUUAUUUAGUGUGUGAUUUUUAUCUUGUCAAGAGCUUUAUGUGUAAAUACUAUGGAAACUAUCCAAAUUCUGCCUCCAUUGUCAUGCUGUGGUUUAAUGUUUUGUUUCAUCACAUAUUUUCAUUGAAUUUUCAAGGUAUUGCUUUGAUAUUAAGCCUGGUCUAGCUCUAUACUGGUGUGACAAAGACUUCUCACAAUGGGUUCCAGCAGCAUUGAAUUUCCCUUUAGCCAAAUUUGUGUGAUUUUCUGAUUUCAUAUGAAAUUUGAACAAAGUAUUAGGGAUGGCAAUGAGUACUGAUUUAUGUACUUGAGUAUUGGGUCUUUCUUUCAUUGAGUACUUAGUUUCUCAGAAAAUGUGUAACCAGGGAUUUUUUUUGGCUUAUUUUAUAGCCGUUAUUUGGUCAUAUUCCCAAUUGAAAAUAGUAUAUUAUUUUCCCAAUCCACAGGAAAAAAUUCCCUAUUGAAAGUUACAAAAUAAAAAAAUUGAAUAAAAACUAAAAUCUUUGAAAAUAAGGGCUUCUUCACUGUAAUAGUGCUUACCUUGAAAAUAAAGAUUUUGUUGAUUCAAGGGUCUAAUGAAUUACUUAAAUCAUAUAUUAUUAAAAACUAUUAGCUCUUAACAGUUGUUUGUUUACAAGUACCUUGGAACAUACUGGUAAUUAAAUGUCAUAAGCAGCAAAGUUGAUGUUUAUAGCAUACAUCUAUCAAAUUGUAAAGACGUAGACCAUUGUCAAUUUAAUUUGCCAUAAAAUUCGAAUCUCGACAUGUAUGUAACUAUAUUUAAGAUGUAAAUUGAAAUGAUACUUUUUAUCUAAUGAGUGCUCUAGUACUCAACUGGUUACUUGUUGCCAUCCCUACAAAAUAGCAUAAUAUUGACAUGAAAUCCUGAAGCUAAAUUAAUAAAACAUGAUCAAAUGGCUGAUGGCAGAUUGAGCCGUGUUGCAGGAUAAGGGUAAUGUUCCAGUUAUACCCCUUUUUCAACUUUUUAAGUGUUUUAAGGCUUGUUCUGCUUACAUGUAAGAGAAUGGUCAAGCAGUGUUAAAUGACAGGUCUGUAAAAACCUUAACCAUUAUAAGUUAUAUAAUGUAUAUUGUCGAAGUAUGAUAUACUUAAAUUCUCCAAAAAAUAUUUCAAUAAUUAUGGACUAUAGCUAAUUUUGAUCUGUUGUAUUAAUAAUUAUCAAAUGGAACUUUUAUGUAUUUAUUUAUGAUAGGGCCUCAGUCUAUAUAUAUUUUACUUUUUUUUUGUUUUUGUUUUUUUGAAUUCACAAAUUAGAGAAAAAUUUGUAAAAUGAUAAUUUUAUGUACAUGUAGGCAGCAUUUUUGAGGAGGCUGUUUAAAAUCAUUAAAUUUUGUCCAUAUCUUAUAUACAUGUAAUAUAUAAAGCAGAAGAAAUAUCUGAAUCAGUUGUAUGAUCAUGACAUUUCUUCCGAGUGUAAACAAAUUGUGCCAUACUUGAAUUAAAAAAGCAGAUCUGUACAAUGAGUGUACAUGUAUGUAAUGUUGUUGUGUUAAGUGAAUAUUUUGAAUCUUUUAGUUUUAUAAUAUAAAUGUCACACAUUUAGCAGAAUCUUUAGAUGCUUUGUUAGAAUGUUUGUUUCAUAAAUUAUCUUGGAUGUGUUUGAUAUAUGUUGCCAUGGUAACAGACAUAUUCAAAAUUGGGCAUUAAAAUGGUGUAUCCUGGAAUAAACUCAAACAUAUAAAUGAUGUCAUAGCUGGAAUAGUUUAUAUUCCCGAUUAACUGAACUUGUACAUAUAUGACAAGAUUAUGUUAAUAAAUGCAUUUCAUUUGUUGCAUUAAAAUGUGGAGUUGUACUGAUGGUAAUUAGAAAAGAUCAAAUUUUUACAGUCAAAACAGAACUUGUAUUGGCCCUAUAGGUGUUGUGGCAACACUAGCAACUUGUUACAGCUUGUGUUUGAAUACCAUAUAAGAAAAUUUCAUAUUUAAUGUGAGCUUCUUGUAAUAAUAAUAUUUAUUUAAUAGAAUUUACCACACUUAGGAAUAUUUUUUCUUCAUAAAAAAAGUUUGUUGUUUAUUAAUUUUUUUAAGUGGUUAAUAAUGCACCACAAAAAAGUACUGGGAUAUGUUAAACCUUUUAUUAAGGUGUCUUUUUUUCUGCAUACUGGUUAAAGUAGCUACAUUGUUUAUUUAAAGCACUUUGAAUCCUAAUAGAAACAUUAAAUUUUUUCAACUAAAGAGAAUGGCCUAAAAUAGUUGCUAUAUGAAAUACAAAUAUAAUUGUUGUAUAUGGAAGGCAGGUUGGAAUAUUAGAGCAAUAGUGUCUGUCCAUAAUACUCAUGAAGCAUUCUCUACAUGCUGGGAUGUAAUAUGUGUAUCAAGCUGGUUUAUUUGUUUACAGAACAUUUGAUAGGUUGUAUUUUUUUAUGAAAAUGUUCAAAUCCUGAUUAGGAAUACAUAUUUUAAACCCUAUGCUUCUUACCACUUCAGUUAGUGAUGUUAGAUUCCUUACUAAAUACAUUGUAUUACAAUUUUCACCCAUUCAUUGGACAUAUGACUGUUGUAGUUACAUCACGUUGAUUAUGACUUAAAGCUAAGAAGUUAUGACAAAGGGGUCUCUGUGGCCAAGUUGUUACAGUCGCUGACUUCAAACCACUCUCCUCUUACUGCUUUGGGUUGGAAUCCCACCAGGGACUAUGGAUUUUUUCAUGUCAGAUCAGGAAGUUAUCGAGCUAGCUGAUGGAAUGUCAGCUAGUGGUUCUACUCUGGUGCCUGUUCGUGCCUGAUAUAAUGCUCAGAGGGGCAUGGGAUGUCUUUCACUUCAGUUAAGCUGGAAGAUCGCCAUAUGACAUAAACUGUGUUGGUGCAAUGCAAAACCCAACCAAAAAAAAAUAAUAUAACUUUUUGACUCGUAGAAUGUAAUUACAUUAACAUUAUGAUGUUUCUUUAAAGACAAUACUGUAACUGAGCAAAUGGUUGCAGUUUUCCUUUCUUCAGAUGUAACCUUAGUCAUUAAUUUUGAUGUGCAUGUCUAUCACAGCCCUCCUGUUUUAAAUGAAAAAAAAAAUGGUUUUAUCAAAAACUACAUUGUAAAAUGAUUUAAUAACACCUAGUUUUUCUUUUGGUCAAAGGUAAAAAAUUAUGCAUUAUUUCUUCAGCCAAAUUAAGCCCAUUUAAACUUAUUUUUGUUUUAUUUCUCCAUUUGGUGUAACUACCUUUUUCUUACAGCAAUAAAGAUAUUAAACUACUAGCAUUUCUACUUUACUUUUGUAAAUUAAUCAUGUACUCAUUGUGAUAUGCACAAGAUGGACAAUGUUGAAUAAAAGUACCGGGGUAAUUUAAGUUAUAGAUGGUUUUUGGAGUGAUUAAUACAAAAAGUUAAUAAAUAGAUAUCUUAUUUUUGGAAUAUUCUGGUAGUUUAGUAAGAUUGGUCAUUAUUUUUUUCCCUUAAAAAGAGAUCUACUAUACAAUUUUCCCACCAUGUAGGAUAUGAAAAUGUAGGUUACAUCAUUCUCUGAUCCUUAACUUGCUGGUUUUUUGUAACAGAUUUGCUCUGCUUUUAAUAAACAGUCCAAGUUAAAAUUAUUUCAGUAUAAAAUUACCCAAAUUGUACUACCAACUGUAAUAAGCCUGGUUUAGACUCCACAGAUGUGCAAGCUGGCCUGUCUCUAAUGAUGACAAUAGCUUACCACUUUAGGUUGCAGCAAGUUCAGGAUAUAGAUAAUACCAUUUACCAAUAUUAAAAAUGUAGAGAUGUGAUAUAUGUUAUUGGACAGCACUUUGUGCUCCAAAUGUGGACUGCUAUUUAUAACUGUUCUUAUUUAUGGUGUGAACAGAAUUGGCAGACAUAUUUUUAUUUCAUUAGUACAUGUUUAAUUGUUGAUAUAUAUGAAAGAUAAUAGCGUUUUAUAACUUUAAAUGUUUUUUUUGAAAAAAUGACAUUGUUUAGAUAAAUUUAAUGAUUGCA